AUGGCGGAAGAACUAUGUCCAGACUGUAUCAGAGGAGAACGACUUAGCGGUACUCCGCGGGGAAGUAUGGUCGAAACUCCCGCACUUCCCGCGUACUUUAGUCCUGCGAAUGGAGGAGAUGGAGUGCAGAAGACCUCCAAAGUCAUCGUCAUCCUACCUGACGUCUUUGGACUUAAACUCGUCAACGUCAAACUCAUUGCUGACAUGCUGGCGAAAAGCACUGGCACGGAUGUUUGGGUAGCCGACAUUUUCAAAGGUAACGUUUGGCCUGUCCAUGCGCUUUCAGAAGCUAAAUCGAAUUUGACAUUGUUUCACUAUAAUACCGGUC